AAGAACGCAGAUGAGAAUGAGCUGAGAGCCAUCGCCUCCCCGCCGGAGGAAACACACGUGUAUAACGCGGCUGAUUUCAGCAUGAUGAGCUGCAUCGUGGAGGGACUGACCAGGAGCGUCUGCGAGCGUGUCUCUGAACUCAGCGUGGUCGUCUUCACAUGUGAAACUCCAGCCAUCGCUGAUAUCGUGUUUCUGGUCGAUGGAUCGUCGAGUAUCAGCCGUUUGAACUUCAAAACUGUGAAGACCUUUCUGGGAAUGUUUGUCAGGGCCUUCGAGGUUGGAUCAGACCAAACACGCAUUGGUUUGGUGCUGUACGGCAAGGAUUCAUGGGUCGAGUGGCAUCUGAACACUCACAGCACUAAAGAGGAUGUGAUCAACGCCAUAAGGAAUCUGCCUUAUAAAGGAGGAAACACACUCAAAGGUUUGGUGCUGUACGGCAAGGAUUCAUGGGUCGAGUGGCAUCUGAACACUCACAGCACUAAAGAGGAUGUGAUCAACGCCAUAAGGAAUCUGCCUUAUAAAGGAGGAAACACACUCAAAGGUACACACACACUCACACACACAAACACUUACUCACUGGAGAACAGCUUCAAAGCUGAAUCUGGAUCCAGACCUGACGUUCCUAAGAUUGGGAUUCUGAUCACAGAUGGGAAAUCACAGGACGAUGUUCUUUCUCCUGCUCAGAGACUCAGAGACGCUGGGAUUGAGCUGUUUGCUAUCGGAGUGAAGAACGCAGAUGAGAAUGAGCUGAGAGCCAUCGCCUCCCCGCCGGAGGAAACACACGUGUAUAACGCGGCUGAUUUCAGCAUGAUGAGCUGCAUCGUGGAGGGACUGACCAGGAGCGUCUGCGAGCGUGUCUCUGAACUCAGCGGUGAGGAAGUGGUCACGGCCAGCAGCUUCUGUGUUAAUCUCUAAGAGGCGGCGAGAGCACAAGUGACAAAAAUGAAGAUGAUGAUGGACAGGAAGAUAAAUAUGAAGAUGCCAUCAUAAGUGCUCCUGUUUGCAGCGUUAU